AGGUGUCAUAGUCUUACGCGGAAACUCACGACUGCGAGCAGCCCCCCCGCAGCGCCGCGCACGGGUUCUUCCGCAGCGACCCCCCGCCUCCUAAAUGCGGGUACCACGUCUGCAGGAUGGCCUUCAUCCGCUCGUGUGCGCUGUCCAGAUCGUCGUUCACGAGGUAAGCGUCGAAGGGCGCCGGGCCGGCCCGCGGCCGUGCGUAGUCCAUCUCGGAUUGCGCGUUCGUCAUGCGCUUCUGGAUCUUCUCCUCCGUCUCCGUGCCGCGGCCCCGCAACCGCGCUUCCAGAGCUUCCAUGGAAGGUGCUUCCACCCACAGACACUUCGCGCCGAGGUUCGCUUCUUUCACACUACGCACUCCUUGACAGUCGAUGUCUAAGACACAAAUCUUGCCAGCCUUCUGGACGUCCUCCACGCUGGCUUUGGACGUGCCGUAGUAGUUGCCGUGGACGUGGGCACUUUCCAGAAAUUUGCCCUGUUCUAUCUCGGCCUUCAUCGUAUCGACCUCGGCGAAGUGGUAGUGGACGCCGUCCUCCUCGCCCGGUCUCGGCGCACGCGUCGUAUGGCUCACCGAAAAGCCAAAUGCUUCCGGAUCCCAGGCCAUCAGCUUCGCGAUCAACGUGCCCUUGCCGGCGCCCGAGCAGCCGGCGACCACCAGAGGCGGGAAGUAGGAGGCCAUUCUCAUAUGCUUGCUCCUUGCGUUUGCGUAGGAGAGUGUGCGCCGGAGCGCGGCGGCGCGCGACGUCGUUGCUUGCCUUUUUUGGCAAGUUUGGGCUGAGCAAGUUUGGCUGCUCCCAGCACUCAAACGACGGCUGGACGGUGCCGAGCGCUUGCGCAGCGAUUUAUGCGCGUCGAGGCGCUGUCGCUGAGUCCGCGCGUUGCACGGAUUGCGGCUCACGAGUUGGACGCCGAUUUUUGGCUAAAUUGUGUGUAAAACCCGCGACGGCCACCGCCAAACCUAGGCGA